GUUAACACGCGGGUUAACGUUUGACCGGACGGGGAUGAAGCUUCUGGGAUCGCGCUGAGGUCUGACUCACUUGGUCUCUCCUGUAAGGCUGUGGUAAUGACACCCAUGGUGCAUCUGUUGCUGCUCGCAUCCCUGCUCAGCGUUGCUGCAGGGGUGGACCUGGAGGAGAAGAAGGGCCCGUUUGUGGACGUUGAAUUAGAUGUUCCCGAGGGGACACCCGUGCCCCACCCAGUGCAUCAGUUUCAGGUACCUGCAGAUGCUAACAAUUUCAGGCUGAGCGGAGAAGGCUUGGACACCUUCAAAAUAUCAAAGGAUGGCUGGCUUUACCUGGAGAAACCUCUAGACUGGUCCCAAGAAACCCACUACGCCUUCAACGUGGAGGCACUGGCAGAUGAGAACGUGGUGAAGGGUUUAAUAACUGUGACCAUAAACGUUUUGGACAUAAACAACAACGCUCCGCGGUUCGAGCAGAACCUCUACACGGCUUCGAUUAAGGAAAGGACAGCAGCAGGCGUCCCCUUCGUCCGAGCGUCUGCUUCGGACCGGGACGACCCGCAGACCGUGAACGCUCAGCUGCUCUACAGCCUGGUCAGCCAGAUCCCCAACAACCACAACGUCCCGCUGUUCCAGAUCGACCCCGACACCGGAGACAUCUCCACCACGAAGGAGGGGGAGGAGAAGCUGAAGGCCAGAGAAGGAAUCCAGUAUGCCAGGGGAGAAGACGAGAGCAUCGAUUCCCUUAAAGCAAAGUUUAACGAGUACUGUCCAGCGCAGGAAAUCCCGCAUGAACAAAACCCGUUCUUCACCUGCGUGGAGAAACAAGAGAAGAGGAGGCGAAACCUGGACCCCCAGGAGGACCCCGACUACACCCUGGUAAUCCGUGUGCAGGACAUGAAAGGAGCCUCAGAGACGGCUCUGAGUGGAAUCGCCAGAGUUAACGUUGUUGUGCAGCCCAACGUUUGGGUCAACCCUGGGCCAAUAACCAUUAAGGAGAAUUUAAAAGGAGACUAUCCCCGUAUUAUCGCAAAGGUCCAGUCCAACGAGCCCGACGCCAUCUACUCCUUGGUGCAGAAGGAGCGCCGGCUCCGCUUCCCCUUCCAGAUUACACCGAAUGGAGAAAUACUGCUGACAGAGGAGCUGGACAGAGAAGAGAAAGAGAUGUACAUUUUAGUUGUGUUCGCAAAAGACAACCACGACAGAGAGGUGGACCCACCCAUGGAGAUUCAUGUUGUGGUGGAGGAUGUGAACGACAACGAGCCCAUGUGUGACAUGGAGGAGACUGUGCUGGAGAUCCAGGAGAACGAGCCAACAGGCAGCCUCGUGGGACAGCUGAAAGCCCAUGACCCUGAUAAAGAGGGAACUAGGAAUUCUCAGCUGACCUACACCAUCAUCUCAGAAAAUCCAGCCGUACAAAGCAGCUUCUCUAUUGACGAAUCCUCUGGAAGAAUCCAGGCGCUGCGCUUGCUUCAGCGAAAGGAGCAGAAGGUUUACAACCUGGAUGUCCGAGUCAGUGACUCAGAUUUCAGCACCAACUGCAAGGUCACCGUCAAGGUCAUUGACGUCAACAACGAGCUGCCUCUGUUUGAGAAGAGCUACUACGGUAACCACUCUCUGACGGAGGACACCGAGGUGGGUCACACGGUGCUGACCAUCAGAGCGACGGACGCAGACGAGCCCGACACCGGCAGCUCCUACAUCAUGUUCAACAUCUCCAAAGGAAACGACGGAGACGUCUUCGCUGUGGAGACCGACGGCCAAGGCGUGGGUUACGUGGUCGUUGCAAAGCCUCUGGACUUUGAGACCUACCCUACCUACAACCUCCAGAUUGAUGCUCGCAACACAGAGCCCCUGACGAAGAAUCUGAAGUACGGCAGCGAGUCCAGCGCCACCCUGUCUGUCUCCGUCCAGGAUGUGGACGAGGCCCCACAGUUCAGCUUGGACGUCCUGGAUGUGGCUGUUCCAGAAAACUUCACAAAGGGAUCAGUGCUGUUGGCAGUAGAUGCAAAGGAUCCAGAGGGGAAGGAGAUCGGCUUUAAGAUGGAAGGCGACUCUCAGGGCUGGUUGGAGAUCAAUGCUGCCACCGGCGAGAUCAGGACCAAAGACAACAUGGACAGAGAGAAGCUGGAGACCUUUGAAGUCACCGUCACUGCCUUUGAGAAAGGGAACCCCGAGAAGUCUUCUGAGCGCGUCGUCCAUGUGCGGCUGCUGGACGUCAACGACAAUCUCCCCAAACUGACUGAGACCCAGUCCUUCAUCUGCAUGCAGAACCUCAAACCCGUCAUCAUCAAGGCUGAAGACUUGGACAGCGACCCCUUUUCCGGUCCCUUCAAUUUCACCUUCUCAAAGAAAACCGCCAACUGGAAGCUCAAGCAAAUCGAUGAUUCAUCGGCUGAACUGCAUUUGGCCAAAAAACCCAUCAAAGAAGGAACGCACUCUGUGACAAUCGACGUUAAGGACAAGGCGGGCAUGGGAGUCCCCCAGCUGUUUCAGGUGAAAGUGUGCAACUGCACAGCCCUCGGCUACUGCUACAUGCCACCACACGGCGUGGACUUCAAACCCCAAUUAGGAACCACCAUCGGGAUCUUGGCAGGCAUUCUGGCAUUCUGCGUUAUCGUCUUCAUCAUAGCGGUCAAACGCUCAGAUAAAAAGAACAAGAACAGGCAGCAGCCCGAAGACGGCGACCAAAGCCCCAUGAUGUAGAGACAAGAACGAGAAGUUUUAUUUAUAUAUGGAAAGUGACCUUAAAGGAGGUCUGCACACAACGUGCCCCAAAACCAAAUCUUUAUUGUUGGGAUGUUUUUUUUUCCAGUGCCUUUUCGCUGUUUGAGCUGUGUGAGACUCUACAGUCCACUCAUGCAUAUUUAUUUACAGUGAGCACCAUCACUGCUAAAUAAACGGAGGAAAUGACACACGCUAUAAAAGAAACUUUAAGAAAAAUCCAUUCAUUCCCUUUGAAGUCAUCAGAAAUGUGUUUUUGGCUUAUUUUAUUCCAACAUUUUAUGAGUGGACUUUGAUUAUUAGGUGCUGUGCAUACUAAAUUCACUCGGUAGGCCAGCUGAGCUUUCUCACAGCCUGUUGACUUAAUAUAUGAAAAUGACUUUCAGACUGGCUGGUUCAUUAGCAGCUUUGUCGUUUCCCGUGAUAUAAAGUGUGUUUUUUUUUCUCCCCCCGCCAGCCAGUCUGCAGAUGUUAAGUAACAUGCUAAUGAACAAUUAUUAGACUGUUUUUUUAGUAAAGUGCAGUGAGUGCUCUGUUUCCCAAUAAACAGAAACCUGGAAUUUA